CGCAACGCGAGCGCAACGGGCACCGCGGGCGGCUCAGGAGGUGACGGUACGCAAGGCAACGAUCGAGUGGUGACGAACCACGCUGCACAGAUGCCGGUCCCAUCCUCGCGUCGCAAGAAUGUCAAGAAGGGCCUGUCCUUCACGAUCAUGGUUGUCGGUGCUUCUGGCACAGGUCGAACCACAUUUGUCAACACACUCUGCGAGACAGACGUGCUCCAACACCAGAUCAAUGGAGCACCAGAGACUGCUCACAUGGAGCCCGAAGUGCGCAUCAAGCCUGUUCAAGUCGAGCUAGAGGAGGAUGGCGUGCGCAUCUCGCUCACCGUCGUCGAUACGCCAGGCUUCGGCGACGCUGUCGACGGCAGCAGCGCCUUCUCGGAGAUUGUCGGCUACCUUGAGCGACAAUACGAUGACAUUCUCGCCGAAGAAUCGCGCAUCAAGCGCAACCCUCGCUUCAGAGAUAACCGCGUCCAUGCGCUCAUCUACUUCAUCCCGCCUACCGGUCAUGCACUCCGAGAAAUCGACAUUGAGCUCAUGCGACGUCUCUCGCCGCGCGUCAAUGUCAUUCCCGUCAUUGGCAAAGCCGACUCGCUCACAGUCACCGAACUGAGAGCUUUCAAACAGCGAAUCAUGGAGGACAUCGAGCAUUACGAUAUUCCAAUUUACAACUUUCCUUACGAUGUCGAAGAAGAUGACGAGGAGGUCAUCCAGGACAAUAGCGAGCUUCGAGCGAUGUUGCCCUUCGCUAUCGUUGGCGCAGAGGAUGAGUUCCAGGCACAUGGCCACACGAUCCGGGGCAGACGAUACCCAUGGGGCAUCGUCAAUGUAGACGACCCCUCGCAUUCAGACUUUGGGCGACUCCGCACCGUCUUGCUCUCUACGCACCUGACCGAGCUGAAGGAGACAGUGCACGAUCAUCACUACGAGGUCUACCGAACGGAGAAGCUCAGCGAGAGCGUCAACAAGGACGGCUCGCGUGCAGGCCUGGACGCCUCCAUCUUGCCCGAAGAUCUCGCCAAUCAGAGCGUGCGCCUGAAAGAAGAGCAGCUCAGAAAAGAAGAGGAAAAGCUUCGCGAAAUUGAGCUCAAGGUCCAGCGCGAGAUCUCAGAGAAGCGACAGGAGCUCGUCGCCAAGGAAGAGUCCCUCCGCAAUCUUGAAUCGCGACUUGCGCAGGCGCAACACGCAGAAGCAAUCUAACGAGCCGCGACGAUGUACGAUAUGC